AGAUGAGAUGAAUGUGCGCCACCAAGACUACCUCAAAGUUCAAACCUGGGAAAACAAAAAUAAAACACUACAAUCCCACCCCAGAUUGGUUUUUAAGCUCAGCAUAUUGAAACAAACUAAAAAAAAGAAAACGCAUAAUAAACAAGAUCAUUGUCACCUUAAUACAUACAGACAGAGAAGAAUGGAAAAGUUGGAAAUUAUUUCGUAGAAGACUUUUUUUUUUUUUUUUUUUAAAGAAUAGUACCUUGCUUAAAUAUUAGUCAUAUUUUAGCUGGACCCUUUUCUUCUUUCUUCAUUUUUAUUCCUUUGCUCUUCAUGGACUCUGAUUUCUGGACCUCUCGCCUCGCGGCUGCUAAGCGCCAAUUCAAUUUGCAGCAUCACCAUCAUCACAGCCAUAGCAGCCAACAUCAGAGCUCUCAAUUGGAUCGGUUAAAUAUUGAUGAUUUCGAGGUGGAAGAGGAGGUUCGACCCGAUUUUCCAUGCCCGUAUUGUUACGAAGACUUUGAUAUUGCAUCCCUUUGCUCACAUCUUGAAGAUGAGCAUUCUUGCGAGUCCAAAGUUACCGUUUGUCCAGUUUGCUCUAUUAAAGUUGCAAGAAACAUGCUGAGUCAUAUCACGUUGCAACAUGGACAUUUAUUCAAGUUGCAGCGACGUCGUAGAUUACGUAGAGUUGCAGUUCCCAGUAGUCAGGCACUCUCUCUGCUGGGGAGGGAUCUUAGGGAGGCCCAUUUACAGGUUCUUUUAGGUGGCAGUGGGUACCGAUCUAACAAUGCAACCUCAUCUGGUGCAAUGGCUGAUCCACUACUUUCUUCUCUUGUUCUGAAUUUUCCUGCAUCUGAAGCGGAUGAAAUUUCAAAAACUUUGGUGUCCAGUAUUGAGGACACAUCAACGAAGUCCAUGUCAUUACAGCAUACAUGGAAAUCGAGUUUCGAGUCAUCCUUAAGUCACGAAGAGCGAGAAAAAAGAAUGAGACAAGCUACUGGGCGAGCUGUUUUCGUUCAAGACCUGCUUGCCUGUACCCUGUUAGCCGAGUAACUGAAGCAGUCUGUCUCUGUAAUUUGCAAAAUAAUGUUGAAAUUAAGCUGAAUUAUACAAGGAUAAUUGGGUCUGGACCUAAUGAUUCCUAAUUCUUAACAACCCAAUCCAUGUUCUCAUUUGAAUCUUUCCCUUAUCUGGUGAAGUAUGAAUGUCUUCUUUUAAGCUUCUCUUUGCAGGAGCACCUGUUA